AUGUCAAGACUCGUUGUCAAGAACCUACCGUGCAAUAUAUCUGAAGAUCGACUAAGAGCUCUUUUCUCCGAGUUUGGAGAGUUAACAGACGUACAACUAAAGUUUACAGAAGAUAAAAUAUUUCGUAGAUUUGCUUUUAUAGGAUAUAGACAUAAAUGUGAUGCAUCAACGGCUCAAAAGUUCUUUAAUAACAGUUAUAUUGAUACCUCCAAAAUAGAAAUAGAGCCUUGUUACCCGCUUAAUGAAAGAAUUGCAGCGCGAGUGUGGAAAAAAUAUUCGAAACGCGACCACGCUAGUACUUCAAAAGUACGACAUGAAGGUUUUUCGAGAGAUACUAGUAAAAGAGAUCAAAGUAAAAUUGAGAAUUUAGAGGAAAGGACAAAUAUAACCUUAAUUCAUGAUAAGAAUGUGCCCUUGCAGAACAAGAUCUCUGAGCCUAUGGAUAAAGCAACCGUUACAGCAAACUUUGAAACAGUGAUGUCUAAAAGAUCUACUGAUAAGGUUUGCUUGUUUUUACUAGAUGCGUAUCAAACGACGGAUAAUACUAGGUCAAAGGUUUCAAAUGUAAGUAUGACACAGUUACCAAAUAAAGAAAGUGAUACAGAAGACAAUGCACCCGCAAAGAAUAUAAUAACGAUUAAACUCCGAGGUUUACCGUUUGAUGUGAAUGAGGAGGAAAUAAAGGAAUUCUUCCACCCGACAAAAUUGGAAAAUACCAGAUUAAUGACAAAUCAUAAAGGCAAACCGAAUGGCGUAGCAUUUGUGGAUUUUACUAACGAAGAAGAUGCUUGCAAAGCGAUGAAAAGCAAUAAAGAUUAUAUCCGUAACAGGUAUAUUGAACUUUUUCCUGACGAAGGAAAGCAUUUAGAAAUAAGUGACACCCCUGUGACAUCAGCUAUCAACAGUCAAAUUAGCCUUGAAACACAGGAAGAUUCAAUGAAGCGAAGACAAGAAUCAUACGUAGCAGACAUUGAGAGGGUAUCAACGUUAUUUACAAAGAUUGGGAUUAUGUGUGAAGGAUUUUAA